AUGGAAGAUACAACCGUGUCCAAUCAUCUGAAGGCUUUUUCAGCUGACUUCGAGGCCAAGUACCUGGAGCUUGAAAAACUUGGUCAAGGAGGCUUUGGCUCAGUCUAUGCCGGCCACAGAAGAUCUGAUGAUUUACCAGUGGCGAUAAAACACAUCCCCAACUCGGAUGUGCGCCGUCAGAAAGUGAAGUUAAAUGGGAGGUCACGCUGGAUUCCCAAGGAGGUGCUGCUCAUGCAGAAAGCCGCAGGCAAACCAGUGACUGUGGGAAGAUCUGCAGCCGUGUCGUUACUGGACUGGUACGAUCUGGACCAAGAGGUUAUACUGGUCAUGGAGAGGCCAGUACCCUCUAUGGAACUGCUGCGCUUCAUGAAGGAACACCGUGGUCCGAUGGCCGAGGACGUUGCAAAGAUCAUCAUGGAGCAGCUGGUGGAUGGUGCCAUUGAUUUCCAAGCCAAGGGCGUCUUCCACCGAGAUAUAAAAGCAGAGAACAUCCUCAUUGAGUUCAGCUCUUAUGGCCUGCGAGUGCGCUUCAUUGAUUUCGGAUGUGGCUGCAUUAAGAAGAAAAACUGCGUUUUCAACCAAUAUUUUGGAACCGUAGCAUACGCUCCUCCAGAGUUUCAAAUGAAUGGGCAAUACAUGGCCGGCCCCACGACAGUCUGGCAGUUGGCAUCAUUGCUAUUUGAAAUGCUGGAUGGAUUCAGGCAGUUCCACACCACAUGGUUCCGCAGACAUGAACUCCAAAUCAGCUCUGUGUGGUCCAAAGCUGACUUUGAGGCCAAGUACUUGGAGCACUUUGGCUCAGUUAGUGCCAGCCACAGAAGGUGGCGAUAA